GGGUCCCCAGCUCAGCGUCCCAAGACGUGCCCCUGCGCUGGGAACACUGGCCACGGGCUGGUGGGGCAGCCAUGAGGGAUGUGCUGGGGUCUGGCUACCGGUGCAGCCUCGUCCAUCUCGCCUGGAUGUGCCUGUUCUCCUCCGUGCCGAAUGGUGGGGCCAAGGUGCUGGAGAAGACCUUUGAGGAGUGGCUGCGGUACCGUGACGAGUGUUUGAGGAGGAUGGCGAGCGAGCCCUACCCGGCAGGGCUGUUCUGCAACCGGACAUUCGACAUGUACGCCUGCUGGCCCGACGGGAGCCCCGGCACCGCCGUCAACGUCUCCUGCCCCUUCUACCUGCCCUGGUUUGAGAAAGUGAAACACGGGCAGGUGAGUCGCCGGUGCGGCGCCGACGGGCAGUGGGUGACGGUGAACGGCAGCCAGCCCUGGCGGGACUACUCCCAGUGCGAGGAGAUGGAGUCCACCACGGAGGAGGAAGGUGCCCGCCGGCUGAUGGUGAGCUUCAAGGUGCUCUACACCGUGGGGUACUCCCUCUCGCUCCUCACCCUCGUCUCGGCCCUGCUUGUCCUCACCGUCUUCAGGAAGCUCCACUGCACCAGGAAUUACAUCCACGCCAACCUCUUCGCCUCCUUCGGGCUGCGGGCGACCUCGGUGAUGGUGAAGGACGCGCUGCUGGAGAAGCGCUGGGGCAUGGAGCUGGUGCAGGUGGCCGACUGGGAGGCUCUGCUGAGCCACGAGGCGGCGUUGGGCUGCCGUGCGGCGCAGGUGCUGAUGCAGUACUGCAUCCUGGCCAACCACUACUGGUUCCUGGUGGAAGCCGUCUACCUCUACAAGCUGCUCAUCGGGGCCGUCUUCUCCGAGAAGAACUACUACAGGCUCUACCUCUACCUGGGCUGGGGGACCCCCGUGGUGUUCGUGGUGCCCUGGAUGGCUGCCAAGUACCUGAAGGAGAACGCGGAGUGCUGGGCGCUGAAUGAGAACAUGGCCUACUGGUGGAUCAUCCGCAUCCCCAUCCUGCUCGCCUCCCUGAUCAACCUGCUGAUCUUCAUGCGGAUCCUCAAGGUGAUCCUGGCCAAGCUCCGUGCCAACCAGAAGGGCUACACAGACUACAAGCUGCGGCUGGCCAAAGCCACCCUCACCCUCAUCCCCCUCUUUGGCAUCCACGAGGUCGUCUUCAUCUUUGCCACCGACGAGCAAACCACAGGCAUCCUGCGCUACGUCAAGGUGUUCUUCACCCUCUUCCUCAACUCCUUCCAGGGCUUCCUGGUGGCCGUGCUCUAUUGCUUCGCCAAUAAGGAGGUGAAGUCAGAGAUGAAGAAGAAGUGGCAGCUCUGGAAGCUCGACCACCCGGCACUCUGCUGCGCCCAGUGAUGGGAUGAGGGGCCCCGCAGAGCCCAAGGAGAGGGGCUGCUGGCCACGACGGCCCAGCUGGGGCAUGGGGAAGCUGUGCUGGGGCAGCACCCACCUGGCAUGGCCAGGCUGGGACCAAUGUCACGGCUGUGCCACACCUGAGAGCCCUGGAGUUGGAGGUGACAUCCCCCUGCCGUGCUCUGAGGGGCAGGUGGGCACCCUCGGCUCAUCCCAGACGUUGCUGCCCCCUCAGAAGAGCCUCACCUUGCUUGGGCUUGGGGAGAUCCUCCUGCUGCUUUCUACUGCUGCCUGGACACCAUUGCCUACCUCUGUUGGCAUCGACCAGAUGUGGAAAACCCCCGUCCCAUCCACAUCGACCUGGGGACCUGCAGGAGGUGGUGGCUGGAGAAGGAGCAGAAGGGGAGAAGCAGCAGGGGACAGGAGAUGCUGCUCAGCCCAGAUCUGCUGCCCCAGCACCUGGGUGAACAAACCCCUCCUGAUGCACCCUGGACCACGCCAGUGACGUUCCACCACCUUCCUGCUCUCCCUGCGAGGUCCAAGGUCCAGGACCACCUCAACAACACCCUGGGAGCUCUGACACUUCCAUCCCAGCCUCAUCCUGCGAAGCUCCUCUCCGUAGGGAUGCGUUGCUUCUGCCCCGGCCGUCCCCCUCGCUGCACAGGACCCCCGUGUUCCUCCUCCCCAAGCUCCUCCUGCAGCAGAGACCCCCCUGAAAAAUCCCACCGGAGAGCGAAGGACUCGAACCCAACCUGGCUGAGAUCCCUCCUGUGUCCCCAUCCCACCCCUCGGCGUGGUGGCAGGGAGAGCUGUGAAGUCCCGAGCAGGAACCACCCCAAGAAACCUUUUUGCUGGCAAAAAAGCUGGGUGUUUUGGGCCCAGCUGUGCAACACCUGAGCUUCCAGAUGUUUGCUUCCCAGCAGGGCACCAGAGCAGCAGCAGAUACCACCACCACCACCCCCCCACCUUGGUCCUCUUUGGUCCUACCUUCAGC